AUGGACUCUCGCCCAGCCGUUCGUCGGCCUCGUGCUACCAAAAGUCCCCAACGGAGGGUGGAGAGCAAGUUGGCGAUAUGGGAGCGGAUCUCUAGGAGGCAGGACGAGACGAACAGUGUUCCGGCCUCGUCCUCGUGGUCCUCCAGUGAAGUGUAUAGAGCGGCGGAAGUGACGACGGUGUCUGGGAGCGAUUCGUCGUCGGCGUCAGAUUUUACGACGUCGUAUGACCCUUCCGCAACGUCGUACACAGCCUAUAACGCUACCAACGCCUUAUCGCCGUACUCGGCCAACAGUACGGAAUCCCUCACCAAGAAUGCUACCAUCACUUCAACCUCAACAUGCUCUUCUUCCUCUUCCUCCGCCCGAACUUCUUCCAGAUCAUCAUGCACCAAAUCCACCCGCACAACAACCUUCACAUCCCUCUGGUCCACCUCCAAAUCCAAAACAGCUACCGGCACCGCCUCUGCGGCAACGUCGACAAAGUCUGCGUACGUACCCGGGGUGAUGCUGAAUAUGACCAUGUCGGGGGAUAGUGAUACCCAGGCGGUGUAUGGGGUUGAGGUGGAAAUGGGGCAUGAUGAUGAUGAUGGCAAGAGAAAGAGGAAGAGGGGUAUCGGAUGGGGUAUGGGGAGGAGAGCGUCGUAUGCGAAGGAUUGGAAAAAUCAGAUGGUGAAUCUGCAGGUGGAUCUGGGGUCGUCGGACAUGUGGGUAGCUGUCAAGGAAUGUUCAACAAGUGACUGCAACUCGGCACCGACACUAUUCAACGAAGACCUGUCUCUCGAUUCCGAUACGACGGCCAACAUUACAUACCAAACCGGCGCGGUGGACGGAACGAUCUACUGGGAGCAGCUGAACGUCGGAGACUUUAGCAUAGGCUAUCAGGCUUUCAUCGCUGCCACAGCAGUCACAAACGAAAAUCUCAAAGGCGGAAACUUUUCAGGCGUACUUGGACUCUCCCUCCCUGCUGCUUCCUCCAUCUUGGCCGAGAUUGGCGGUACGACAGGUUCCAAUCCCGACGGCGCCACUUUCCUCGACAACCUCUUUGGUGCCGGCUCAUCAGCACCUUCCGAACGUCUGUUCGCUCUAUCGCUCUCCCGUCGAGAAGAUGUACGAACAUUAUCAACAUUCGGCAUCGGAGCCACUUCACCCUUAUUCUGUCCUUCCCCAUGUUCCCCCCACUUCGUACCAAUCGUCGCCCAGCCCAGCCUUGGUUCUACGGGGUAUACGCACUGGCGGGUCCAGAUCCAGUCUCUUUCCGUCACCACGUGGUCGGAUGAGAAGAGCGGGACGGGCGCGACGACGUCAAAAGUAGCGUUGGGUAACAGUAAAGUCUACUCGACGAAAGGCUCGCCGUUGGCAGUACUCGAUUCUGGUGGGGUACAGAUCCUUGUGGGGAGUCGGAAUUAUGCGGAACAGAUUUAUGGUGCUAUAGGGGUGUCGAUGAGUUCGGAUGGUCUUUACCGGCUGCCUUGUUCGAAGCAGAUUGCAUUGGCGUUUAAUAUCGGAGGGGUGGACAUCCCUGUGCAUCCACUGGACAUGUCUUAUGUUGAUCCUUCGGAUCUCGGCCAGUCGACUUGCAUUGGUAUGGUGCAAUACUCUAGCAACCUGGGCGACAGUGGUGAUUUCAUCCUCGGAAGCACAUUCAUGAAGAACGUCUACUCCAUCUUCAAAUACCCCGACACCCAGAAGCACGUCACCUGGCAACCCACCGUCGGCCUCAUUCCCCUCACCAACGCCUCCAUCGCCUCCCAAGACUUUUACUCUGUCCGCGUCUUGCACGAAUCCCUCUCCACCGUCUCUACCACCCAGGCUACCAACGCCGGCGGGAGCGGGGUUUACAACCCCGGCUCGGGGACGGGGACGGGGUCGGGGAGUGCAGAGUCGGGGAAGAAGGCAUCGAGUACGGCGAUCAUCGCUGCUUCGAGUGUUGGAGGGUUCUUUGUUUUGGUUGUGGUGGCGUUUUGCGCUUGGUGGUUCUUCCUUCGACGCAAAUUUGGCGCUACCGGAUCUGUCCCUACUCCCGAUCUCAAACGCCGUCCUUCCACCUCGGGCCACAAAUCCGAUCACUCCAUGUCCACCCUUCGCUCCAAGAAACACGACUACACCAACAGGCAGAAGAGCAUUAUUGAUGGGUACAAAGAUUGGGAUGGCGAUGAGUGGGUGAGCGGGACGGAGGGGGGCGAUUCGAUCCGGCUUGGGUAUAUACCCGAGGCGCUGGAAGAAGGGGAUGAUGAAGGGCGGCAGACGAGGGCGGUGGCGAGGUCGUCGAGGAGUUUGACGGUGAGAAGCAGUAGUCAUCGGUCGAGGUCGAUAGCGGAGGAACCUGGGAUGGAGGAGGCGGCGCUGGUGGAUCACGUGGAUCCUACUAAAUCGCCGACUACGCCUUUUGCGGACCCUCUGCCGGAAUCACCGCAGUCAGACUCUUUCCCCCUCCAUCCCUCCAACGGGCCCUAUCCUUCCCCUAUCCCUAUCCACCAAUCCGCCUCCUCGCACAGCAAGAGCCCGAGCAUGUCCAUGUCGGGUCCCUUCCCUUCGUCACCGGGCCCGACAGGGAUGGCAAGGUACUCGACGAUGAGGCUUGAUUCUUCGCCAAUGUAUGAUAUCCGCACGAGCGACUACUUUACCAUUGCGCCUGCACCGUCUACCGCUCAGCGUGGGAGGAGAGGGUCGAGUGGGGUACUUGGAGGGGAGGGAGCGGGGCAUAGGAGGGCGAGCCCGAGUAAGGCUUCGGGGAAGGUGUUCUUUGAGGAGUCGGUGAAGGAGGAAUCGGAGGGUGGGAGUUGA